CUAACCUGUCCGUCAAGCGAUUAGUUUGACCCCGUGUCACUCGUUUGGGCGUCGUGAAAUCCUGCAGGGCUCUACAUCAUUUACAACACAAGAAUGAUACAAAUAUCACACCCCGGCGCACGCUGUUGUUGUAUGAAGGGUAGCUUCUGACUUCUUCCACCAUCAUCAUGCUCAACAUCUUCUCGAAAUUGAAAGAAGGCCGUUCGUCCAAGUCGUCACACCCUUCUGCGGAACCCCCAGGAUGGGCACCCGCUCAAGAAACCGUCCACCAAUGGGGCCUAUACAAUGAAUCUUCCGAAGAAGACUACCAAGCUGCAAUCGAUUUCUGCCUGAGAUACCCUCUUCAACCACCACGACUCGUUCCAUCCAAUGCUCUUGAUGUCAUCAGGCAAGAAGGAAGCAGGGCUUGGGGUAUCCAGAUACCUAGUCAGGAAAUUCGCCGAUUCUCUGGAAAAAUCACGAAUAUCAGUCUAAAGGGCGCACCGGUAGUCAUUGUAGAGACAGACGAUAGAUGCGGAAGUUUCUGUCUGAUGAGCGAUCUACCUAUCAUGGCCGGUCUGUACGACGUAUCUCGACAGAAUGGAGUAUACUUUGAGGUGAAGAUCGUCAAGAUGUUCCCGCCUCAAUCGUAUCUGGCGAUCGGUACGGCUUGUCAACCAUACCCAAACUUCCGUUUUCCAGGAUGGAAUCGAGAAAGUGCAGGCCUCCAUCUCGACGAUCUACGAAAAUUCUUUGAAGAUCCUGAUGGAGGACGUGACUAUAAUGUUCCAUUCGAUCGUAUUCGAGGAGGAGAUAUCAUCGGUUGUGGAUACGAAUACGCUACGAGUUCUCUUUUCUACACCUGGAACGGGAUGCGCCUCGAGAAUGCUUUUCAUGGGAUAUACCUUCCUAGGAACCAGUACGAUGUAUUUGCUGCUAUCGGAGUUCAUGGUGGCGUGCAUUUUGAGGUCAAUUAUGGUGGGGACGUGUUCAAGUGGAAGGAAGGAAACGAGUGGCAGUGGAAAGUCGAUGGGGUCUUUGCAAGAUUGGGGGAUACUUAUGGAGAUGGCGAAGAACUUCCCGCGUAUAGUUAAGCUAGUGUCGUCUG